GCCGCCCUGCAUUUAGAUCGUCGACUGAGCUCGUAGUGCUUCCAUUUGACGUAACCGGGGAGAUAAUUGUAUACAUCGUCUGCGGUCGCGCCUUAUAGUUUGUCUGUAUAGGUCACAGUUGCAAUUAUAUUGUCAGUUUUCAGUGUGUGUUUCGAAGCAACAUGGAUUUCGGCUCGUCUCUCAGCUUUAACACUGUGACAGUGGCUAUCGUUGUUGUAUUUUUGAUCCUGCUAGUCAGUCGGACACUACAAUGGCCUGCCAAUGUCCCGCCCGGCCCAUCUGGCUAUCCUAUCAUAGGAAGCUAACCUCCCGGAAAAACGAAGUUCCACAGCGGAGAGGGAACGGAAGGUUGUUGGUCAUGUUGUGAGAAAUGGUUGAGGAAAGCGGCUGAGGUAUUGGUUUCGCCUCCGGUGAUCACUGGAAACAAACACGGACUUUUUCUCUGUCGACACUUCGGAAUUUUGGAUUUGGAAAGAAGUCUUUGGAAUCAAGAGUCCAAGAAGAAAUAGAAGCUUAUUUGGAUAUCAUUGAACAACAAAACGGGCAAUCUUACAACAUAAAAGAAAUGACAACCAUGGCCAUAUCAAAUAUCAUAUGCAGUAUUACGUUCGGAAACCGAUUUGAAUACACUGACGCAAAAUUCAAACGACUAACGUCACUUUUUGCUGAGAACUUAAGGUUAAAUUCGGUUGGAGGGGCCAUACGAUCAUUUCCAGGUGUACGAUUUCUUCCUGGAGAUAUGUUCAAUGUAAAGAAGUUAAUUCAAAAUUUCACUGAUAUCAAAUGUUUUGCUCUUGAACAAAUAGCCGAGCAUCGAAAAACGUUUGCAGAAGAAAAUCAGCGAGAUUUUAUUGAUGCGUUUCUGAGACAACAAAUCAAACAUGACGAAGAUGAUCCGAUAUUUGAUGAUAUGAACUUAGCAACAGUCGUCAUCAAUCUGUUCCUUGCUGGGACUGAAACAACAGCUACCAUGAUCCGCUGGGCGAUAAUUUACCUUAUUCACAACAAACCUAUCCAAGAUAAGCUCCGACAGGAGAUAGAAACUGUGGUCGGGACGUCAAGGAUUCCGUCACUCGGCGACAAACCCUCCAUGCCUUACUACGAAGCAUUUAUAACAGAGGUUUUCCGAAUGGGCAACAUCGCUCCACUGUCUGUGCCUCACGGAGCCUAGAAGGAUAUCCAGUUCCGAGGCAUGCUAAUCCCAAAAGGGUCGGUCAUUAUGGCAAAUCUUGA